AUGCACCUGCCGUUCGAGACCCGGAGCCGGCGCCGCCGCGAUAUGACCGAACUGGAACCGUGGUGGAUGCAGAACAUCAUCGAAGAAACAAGGGCUGAACAUCCCGAUUUGGUACCUACUGGCAGCCCGGACUACAUGUGUUCGAUGCUGCCGCAGCACUGGCGAUCAAACAAGACGUUACCGGGAGGGUUUAAGGUUGUUGCACUAUCGGACGUCCUCGACGGCACUCUGGUGACAGUGAUGGCGGGCAACGACGAGAACUGCUGCGCGGAACUGAGGAACAACUCAACGGUCAUGAAAAAUAGAGUCGCUAAGUUCAAUGACCUUAGAUUCGUUGGGAGGAGCGGGAGAGGUAAAAGCUUCUCUCUAACGAUAAUGAUAUCCACGAGCCCACCUCAAGUGGCAACUUACCAAAAAGCUAUCAAAGUGACCGUCGAUGGACCACGGGAGCCGCGAUCUAAAACAAGUACAAAUGCAUCUACCCACCCAAUAAGGACAUUCAGUUUCCAAAGAACGCUAAUAGACUCCCAAUUGGCGCUGAGAGACAUGGAAUACAAGAGCUCUCCAGUUAGAAGCAUACGGUCUUUAUCACAUGAAGACAGAGAGUACAAGACAAACGCAAAUCUACCAGCAGGCGAAAGCAUUGGCAACAUCACAGGUGCGGCAGAAUGGAAUACCGGUUAUCCCUCUUCGACGACCGUCUACCCGGCGUACGGUCCCCUGCAACCUCCGUACUACAAACCUGAUCCUACAAUACAUUUGCCCACUGUGUUGCCACCUGAAAUACCUCUUGGUCACGCUGACUACAGCGGCUUCCAGACAAGCUCUUCAGGCUUCGUGAAGGGCAGCCCCAACCCUGGACCAGCGCUCACAGACCUCAACGCACCCAGUGUGCCGACACAACGCUACGACCCAAACUAUUACAACACGUGGCCAGCAAACACCUACAAUUACAACAACUACCAAUACAACAACAUCAACAACAAUCCCGCCUGCUUACAAUCCCAUGCUCCGUACAUCAACCCGAAUCCCACACAAAUGAUUUUACCAAAUCUCUACUCGACCGUCAAUCAAAAUCAAAUACAUGUCCAUCUACACAGCUCAGCGGAAAAACACAAUUUGGAUCAGUACAUGCAGAGUGAAAUUAAAAUUAGUGACAUCGAUGGAGGCAUAUCAAUUACGACCGAACUCCAAGGAGCUGGCGAAAACAGUGGCCUUGUCCAAACGUGUGAUACUACAGAUGAAGGAAAACAUGGUCUAUACGGCGCCGGCAGUCAAGAAGUCUGGAGACCAUAUUGA